UCUCCUUUUCCUAUAGUUGUUUUCUUUCUUUGUUUCCUCCCCCAGUUUUGACAUUUCUUCAUGGCAUUUUCUCAACGCAUUGACAUGGAAAUAAUGAGUUCCACCCUCACAACCACCACUCUUGAAGCCCCAUUGCCUGCAUCUACGUUGAAGGGCAAUGAUAUUAUUCACAAUAUAUCAAGAGAUAGGUUGAUGGAUCUUAUCCACUCCAUUUCUGAAAACCAAGAAACUCCUCAACCCUUCUACUUGCUAGAUUUGGGAACUGUUGAGAGACUCAUGCAUUCAUGGAAGCAUUCUCUCCCAACCACCAAGCCGUUUUACGCGGUUAAAUGUAACCCUAAUCCUGCAUUGCUCGCAGCCCUUGCCUUACUAGGGGCAAACUUCGACUGUGCAAGUCAAGCCGAGAUUGAGACAAUCCUCGGUCUCGGAGUAAGCCCUGACCGUAUUCUUUAUGCCAACCCAUGCAAGGCUGUGUCCCACAUUAAGUAUGCGGCGAGUGUUGGUGUCAACCUCACCACCUUUGACUCCAAGGGUGAAAUCGAAAAAAUUAAGCAGUGGCACCCCAAAUGUGCCUUAUUGCUUCGAAUUAAAAUCGCCAAUGAUCAUACUUCGUGGCGUCCUUUAGGAACCAAAUUUGGUGCCCUCUCAGACGAGAUUUUACCUCUCCUCUCGGAGGCUCACUUGAGUGGGUUGAAAGUAGAAGGAGUCUCGUUUCACGUGGGAAGUAAAGCAUCUGAUUCUGCAAUAUAUCGUGAUGCAAUUGCUGCUGCUAGGGAUGUGUUUGAGGCAGCUUCUAAGCUUGGAAUGCCGUCAAUGCAAGUUCUGAACAUUGGUGGUGGAUUUAAGGAUAAUUCACUGUUCAGUGAGAUUGGUAAGACAGUUAAUGAAGCCAUCAAAGACAUGGAAGCGGCUGCAACUGCGCCUUUGUCGGUGAUGGCUGAGCCGGGGCGAUUCUUCGCUGAAACUGUGUUCACUCUUGUAACAAAUGUGUUUGGGAAACGAGUGAGAGGGGAUCGAAGAGAGUAUUGGAUAGAAAAUGGAAUUUAUGGAGCUUUUAAUCCAACGGCAUAUGAUCGUUCAUUCAUGGCAUUCAAGCCACUACUACUUUCUGAUCAUCGGUCAAAAGAGGACGAGGAUUCAUGUGGGAUGCUAUGGCCAUCAACGAUAUUUGGACCAACCUGUGAUGCAAUGGAUGUAGUGGCAACAGAUUGUAAGCUGCCAGAACUCCAAGUUAAUGAUUUGGUUGUGUUCUACAACAUGGGCGCUUAUACAGCCUCUGCAGGAACUAAAUUCAACGGCUUUGAUACACUAUCCACACCCACCCACCUUGCAUAUACAAGGCUCAGCUGAAAGAAGUUUUUGUGCACAACCACGUAUGUUAGUCACAAUGUUCCAAUAACGUUGUUGGGAAGUAUGAAUAAAUAUAUUAACUAGACACAAUGUUUCCAUAUGCAAAUUUUGUGUCUUAGUUGGUAUAUGUUUUUUUAAUAUGUUUGUCAGUGUUCCUGACAAUAUUGUCGUCUAUUUUGUAUUUUUCUUUUCUUUUUUUUGUAAUCUUGUGCUCAUUUAUGCCUUGUUGUGCACAAUUAUUUAAUGCUCUUAAAUCUAAUUUGGAUGGUUGUCCAAAUUAAUAAUUAUUGUUUUAAAUAAUAAAGCA